AUGAAUAGUAUACGGUAUCUUCAUACAGCUUCUAUCUUGAACGAUGGAAAAGUUCUAGUUGCUGGUGGAUAUGGAUAUGAGGGGUACAGCUUUUGGAAAUCCUUCAAUAGUUCAGAAUUAUAUGAUCCAGCAACAGGAAACUGGACGAAAAUGGGUAAUAUGACUAUUGCACGUUAUUCUCACACAGCUUCUACUUUGGCCAAUGGAAAAGUUUUAGUAGCCGGUGGAUACUUCUAUGAUGGAUCUAGUGAUCGGAGGUACUUGAAUAGUUCAGAAUUAUAUGAUCCAACAACAGGAAUCUGGACAAAGACGGGUAAUAUGAAUGUUGCACGUUACUACCAUACUGCCUCUAUUUUGGCCAAUGGAAAAGUUUUAGUAGCGGGUGGAUUCUUCUAUGAUGGAUAUAAUUAUUGGGGACCCUUGAAUAGUGCAGAAUUAUAUGAUCCAGCAACAGAAACCUGGACAAAAACAGGUAAUAUGACUAUAGGACGUUAUUAUCAUACAGCCUGUGUCUUGGCCGAUGGAAAAGUUCUGGUUGCCUCUGGAGACGGAUAUGAUGGAUAUGGUAAUACUGUAUACUUGAAUAGUUCAGAAUUAUAUGAUCCAGCAACAGGAAUCUGGACGAUGACGGGAAAUAUGAAUAUUGGACGGAAAUUUCACACAGCCUCUGUCCUAGUCAAUGGAAAAGUUUUAGUAGCUGGUGGAUACUUCUAUGAUGGACGCACUUAUGGACAAAACUUGAACAGUACAGAGCUAUACGAUCCAACGACAGGAACCUGGACGAUGACAGGGAAUAUGAAUAUUGGACGGGUAGAUCACACAGCCUCUGUCUUGAUCAAUGGACAAGUUUUAGUAACUGGUGGAUACAUCUAUGAUGGAUACAGAUAUCAAGACUUGUACAGUGCCGAACUAUAUGAUCCAUUAACAGAACUUUGGACAAAGACAAAUAGUAUGAAUGUUAGACGAGAAGGUCAUACAGCUUCUGUCUUGACCAGUGGAAAAGUCUUGAUUACUGGCGGAUAUACUGGAAGCGGUAUUUCGAGUAGUGCCGAGUUAUAUCAAUAA